AUGGAUGAAAAAAUUGAUGAACAACAUGCUGAAGUUGCCCAUCAAACUUCAAAACCUCGUUCAAAUUCUUUAUUUCAACCAAAUUAUCAAAAUUCAACAACUUCAACUCCAGAUUUAAAUUCUGAAAAAUCUAAUGGUCAACCAGGUCAACAAGGUCAAGAUGAAAUCUCUUCAGAUAAUAUCCUUUCACAAUAUGAUGAAGAUCAAGUUAUGCAAAUGGGUAAAAAUUUUGCACUAAAACAUAAUUUACCAAAUCCUGAAAUGUUCGCUAAAGGUGCUGCUAUAGCUCGUAAUCCAAAAGGUUAUAAUAGAAUGUCAUUCUUAACUGAUGAAGAAAAACAAGUUUUACAUCAAGAAGUUCAUAAUCCUUGGAAAAUCCCAAAGAAAUUAUAUCAAGUUAUUUUUUCAAUUUCAUUAGCUGCUGCUACCCAGGGGGCAGAUGAAACUGUUAUAUCUGGUGCUUUAUUAUUUUAUCCUCAUGCUUUAGGGAUUGGUGAAAAAACUGAUAGAAAUCGUUGGUUAGAAGGUCUUGUAAAUUCUGCACCAUAUUUAUUUUGUGCAUUUGUUGCAACAUUAUUUACAGAUCCGGCAAACAAGAGAUUUGGUCGUAAAAAAGUUAUAUUUUGGUCAUGUUUAGCAAGUGCUUUAACUUGUUUUUGGCAAGGUUUUGUAAAUACUUGGUAUCAUUUAUUUAUUGCAAGAGCUUGUUUGGGUGCUUUUGGUAUUGGUCCAAAAUCUGCAACUGUUCCUGUUUAUGCUUCUGAAACUGCUCCUGCACCAAUUAGAGGUGCUCUUGCGAUGCUUUGGCAAUUUUUUACUGCAUUUGGUAUUGCUCUAGGUUAUGUUUUUUCAAUUGCAUUUUAUUAUGUACCAAAUCAUGGUUUUAAAAGUGGAUUAAAUUGGAGAAUAAUGUUGGGGUCUGCAAUGAUUCCUGCAUUUUUAGCAUUAUUUCAAAUCCCUUUUAUACCAGAAUCUCCACGUUGGUUAAUGGGUAAAGAACGUUAUCUUGAUGCUUUUGAAUCUUUAAAAAGUAUAAGAAAUCAUGAAGUUUGUGCUGCAAGAGAUUGUUUUUAUCAAUAUGUCUUGUUGAAAGAAGAAGCUGGAUUAGAGACUCCAACAAUGGUUAAAUUAAGAGAAAUGUUUACCGUGAGAAGAAAUAGAAAUGCUUUAAUUGCUGCAUUUAUUGUUACUUUUAUGCAACAAUUUAAUGGUAUUAAUAUUAUUGCUUAUUAUGCUUCAACAAUUUUCGUUGAAGCAAAUUAUUCACAAAUUAGUGCUUUAGGUGUUUGUGUUGGUUAUGGUUUCAUAAAUACCCUGUUUGCAAUACCUGCUUUUUUCACAAUUGAUAAAGCUGGUAGAAGAUUUUUAUUAUUAAUUACAUUCCCAUUCAUGUCUGCAUUUUUAUUCCUUACUGCGUUUUCAUUUUUAAUUCCAACUGAUCAAAAAUCUGGUCGUGUUGGUGCAAUUACUUUAGGGUUAUAUCUAUUUACAUGUUUUUAUUCAUUUGGUUCCGGGGUUGUUACUUUCCCUUAUACUUCAGAAUGUUUCCCUCUUUAUAUCAGAACAUUAGGAUCAUCAUUAUUAGUUGGUAAUUUAUGGUUUUGGAAUUUUGUUAUUGCAAUUACAUGGCCAUCAAUGAUUGAUUCAUUUACACCAACUGGUGGGUUUUGUUUUUAUGCUGCAUGGAAUAUAGUUGGAUUUUUCCUUGUUUUAUGGUUCUUACCAGAAACAAAAGGCUUGACAUUGGAAGAAUUGGAUGAAAUUUUUGAUGUACCAAUGUAUAAACAUGCUACUUAUCAAACUAGAGAAUUUUGGCAUGAUUUUCAAAGAAAUUUCCUUAGAAGAAAUAUUCCGAAACAAGAACCUCUAUAUAGUCAUCAAAGAAUGGCUGUUACUAAUGAAUUCUGGAAUGAUAAACCAGAAAACCAGCAUAUUGAGUAA